CUAUCGCCUUUGCAAUUGCCUUGCUGGCCCCGACCCCCCCCUCUCUCUCUCUGUCCUUGGGUUGCCUUGUUCGUCUUCUCUCUUGCUUGCUAGUCCUCUCUCUCUCUCUCUCUCUCUUCCUCUUUGCUGUGGAGCGGAGAAGAUAGAGAGAUUCCCUGAUCUGCUCGUCGAUCGAGCCUGCCUGCAAAUUUUGGCAGCGCGAGAAGAGAAACGGGAAAAAGGAGAGCCGAAAAGCACAUCUUAUUUUAGUCUCCCCGCCUCAGCUUCGCGGUUGCUUCUUCUGGAUCCCGUAGAGGAGCCCACCUGUUCCACCAAAACCCAAUCCUCCGCUUGCUCGAGAUCGAUUGGUUCCCAGAUCCAAGCCCGAGCCCCCCUCGCCUAGAGAUCGCAGGAAAUCUGGGCGCGCGGCUCUGUGGGAAGCUAGCCAUCCAAGAAAAAGAUUUGGCGAGCCGAAGGAAAAAGGGGGGAGGAUAUCGGGAGAGGAGGCGAAUAGACAUGGCUUUCGUGAGGCAGCGGGCGGUGGGGAGGUGGCGGAGAUGAGGGAUGCUAUCGUCUGCGAUGGAUUACCUGAGAUCUUGCUGGGGUCCCACGUCGUCGCCGGACGGGCGCCCCCGCAAGGGAGUGGAUGUUGCAGGCCGGCAGGACGGGCUCCUGUGGUACAAGGACGCCGGGCAGCUCGUCGCCGGCGAGUUCUCGAUGGCCGUGGUCCAGGCCAAUAACCUGCUGGAGGACCACAGUCAGGUGGAAUCCGGGUCGCUGAGCACCACCGAUCCCGACCUGCAGGGCUCCUUCGUCGGCGUCUAUGAUGGCCAUGGUGGACCGGAGACGGCACGCUACAUCAAUGACCACAUGUUCAACCAUCUGAAGGGAUAUGCAUCUGAGCAAAAGUGCAUGUCAGUGGAUGUGAUUCGGAAGGCUUUCCGAGCGACUGAGGAGGGAUUUCUCUCUCUAGUCAGUAAUCAAUGGUCGAUGAGGCCUCAAUUAGCGGCGGUAGGCUCUUGCUGUCUAGUUGGUGUCAUUUGUGCUGGAACUCUCUAUGUUGCAAAUGUUGGGGACUCCCGUGCCAUUCUGGGGAGACUUGUCAAGGGAACUGGAGAGGUUGUGGCAAUGCAGCUCUCAGCAGAACAUAAUGCAUCCUUCGAGGAGGUUAGGCGAGAGAUGCAGGCAAUGCAUCCUGAUGAUCCCCAUAUUGUGGUCCUAAAGCACAAUGUUUGGCGUGUGAAGGGUAUUAUUCAGAUAACAAGGUCCAUUGGAGAUGUGUAUCUGAAGAGACCAGAAUUCAACAGAGAACCUUUGCAUAGCAAGUUUCGGCUUCCAGAAACUUUCCGGAGACCCCUUCUUAGUUCUGAGCCAGCAAUCACUGUACACCAAAUACAGUUAACUGAUCAGUUCAUCAUUUUUGCAUCUGAUGGACUCUGGGAGCAUCUUAGUAAUCAGAAAGCAGUUGAGCUAGUCCACAGUAGUCCCCGUAAUGGGAUUGCUCGAAAGCUGGUGAAGGCUGCAAUGCAGGAAGCAGCAAAGAAGAGGGAGAUGCGUUAUUCAGAUCUCAAGAAAAUCGACCGUGGAGUGAGGCGCCACUUUCAUGAUGAUAUAACGGUCGUGGUGGUAUUUUUUGAUUCGAAUGCCAUAGCCAUGGACGCCUGGAGCCGUCCCACAGUUUCUCUGCGAGGUGGCGGCGUUGCGCUCCCUGCAAAUUCCCUUGCUCCAUUCUCAGGUUCCUAGCCCUUUCACUGGAGUCAAGAAGACACGAAGACCAGAAAAGAAAUGGAAAAGAAGAAGAGCAGCAGCCACGGUCAAGUGUAGCUUGUUUCCUGUGCGUCCUCGCAAGAAGAAGAAAAAACUUUUAGAUUCAACCUGGUUACUAGUGUACUGAUAGCGGCAAGGUAUAAGAUUAGAUUAUUCUUAGUGUACAUUCUCCGGAUCGUCUUGUGAUAAUAGUUCAUCUCAUCACCAUUUCAUUUUGUUUAGCCCCUCACAAAGUGCUGCCAUCUCAAGGCUGGCUAAUGUUGGACAUGUGGCAGGUUGCUUUCUUGAUGCUUAAUCUGCUGAGCUCUCAUCAACACGAUCUACAACGUUAUUCUAUUGA